AUGGCGGAUGUAUCUCGCAGCGCAACGGCGCGGCUGCGCAAGACGUUCCAAUACCCAACAGACGACUCCUCAUCAAGCACCCCGGAGGUCCUGGACGAAGAGGAGCAAGAUAACCUUAUCCAGUCCCUCUCGGACCAAAACGCAGCCAGGAACGCCCAGUUCCGCAUCGCCAUGCUCGCCCUCCCUGUGCUAUCAACCCUCCCGUACCUGGUUCUCCUCUUCCGCCGGCCUGAGGCGUCCCUCAUCCUCCCCACCCUGCUGAGCAUAUCCUCGCUGGCAUCAACCACGUGGCUGCUCUACGCCCAGGAGCCGACCGAGACGGGCAUCGCAGCCCUGGAUUCGUGGGCGCGCGGCGCCGCCGUCGGCGACAGCAGCAGCAGCAACAAUCCGCCCUUCUCCCCUCUUCGACGGGCGCCCGGCGGAAGCAGGCGACGCCGACUGUCUUCCUUCUCCGCGACCGCCGCUGCUGGCGGCGGGGGGUUUGGCCCCUACGGACCACGCUACCAGUCGCCGCUCGAGACGUACCUGCCGCUGCUUAACGCCGGCCUGUGCGCCCUGCUCCUGCUGAUGGCCAUCUUGCUCGCCCUGGCGCCGCCGCAGCAGGGGCGAUCGGCGCCCGAGCACGUGAGCCGCGUGAUGAUGGCGUGUCUGCCUGCCGUUGUCUACGCAGUCGUAGUCUCUGCCAAGCUCGUCAUGUCAAGCGUCGAUCCCGAAAGGGAUCUCACGGGGCUCAAGUACGAGAACAAGGGCGCGUGA